ACAACUCCAUCGGAUCGGAUCGGAUCGAACCCAUACCAAUUUCUUCCCCCGCCGCCACUCGCCGCCGCCGCCUGAACUCCAACUCCCAAAUUACAACGCCCUCGUGCUUCCAGCAGCGGCGUCGCCGCGCCGGAGAUGGCUGCAUACCUGAGCAUGGGCGAGGCGCACCGCCGCAUCAACGACUACCUCUCCCGCUUGUCCGAUGCCAUCUCCGACUCCGACGGCGCCGCCCUCGCCUCCCUCCUCGCCGUCUCCUCCGCACCCGCCUCCACACCGCUUUCCGACGCGCUCGCCGCUUUCCCAGACUUCGCCCGCCUCGCCUCCGACCGCUUCCCUCACCUCUCCGACUUCCUCCCCCAACUCCUCCGCGCCAUCCACUCCCACUCCACCCGCCGCUUCUCGGACGCCUACUCCUCUUUUGAGAAGGCUGCCAGCGCGUUCCUGCAGGAGUUCCGGAACUGGGAAACACCGUGGGCGAUGGAGGCGAUGCACACGGUGGCGCUCGAGAUCAGGUUGCUAGCUGAGAAGGCAGAUAGGGAGCUUGCCAUGAGCGGGAAGAAUCCUGACAAGCUGCAGGCGGCUGGAUCCUUCCUGAUGAAGGUUUUUGGUGCACUUGCGGUUAAAGGACCUAAGCGUGUUGGAGCACUGUAUGUUACCUGCCAACUGUUUAAAAUUUACUUCAGGCUUGGUACAGUUAACCUUUGUCGGAGUGUCAUAAGGAGCAUUGAAACUGCUAGGAAUUUUGAUUUUGAAGAUUUUCCAGUGAAAGACAAGGUCACUUACAUGUACUAUACUGGUCGCUUGGAGGUGUUUAAUGAGAAUUUUCUUGUUGCUGAUCAGAAGUUAACUUAUGCUUUGGUGCAUUGUAAUCCUCAAAGCGAAUCAAAUUUGAGGAAAAUUUUGAAGUUCCUCAUCCCAGUAAAACUGUCAAUAGGUGUUUUGCCAAGUAGGGCCCUCCUGGAGAAGUACAAUCUGAUCGAGUAUGCAGAUAUUGUGACCUCACUUACGAGAGGAGACCUGAGGCUUCUCAAGCAAGCCCUUGAUACACAUGAAGAUCAGUUAUUAAAAUCUGGUGUGUACCUUGUGUUGGAGAAACUUGAACUCCAGGUCUACCGGAGAUUAGUCAAGAAAAUUCAUAUCAUUCAGAGGCAGAAAGAACCAGCUAAGGCGCAUCAAAUCAAGCUAGAUGUCUUGGUGAAGACUCUGAGAUGGCUUGGAAUUCAGAUGGAUGUGGAUGAGGUGGAAUGCAUCAUGGCAUGCCUAAUAUACAAGAAUCUCAUAAAAGGAUACUUUGCUCACAAAAGCAAAGUUCUUGUCCUGAGCAAACAAGACCCUUUCCCAAAGUUGAAUGGGAAGCCUAUUUAGUAGUCUAUACGGUGGCGUGGUCUCAUCUGAUAAGCUUGUAAACCUAACGCAAUUUUCUCAUGUAAGCAAUACUCUAUGUAGAACUAUUCCUGAUUGAGAAACAUCUGUAUUGUAGUUGUCAGGUUUGUAAUCAUCGUAACUUGCAAAUUGUUACAGGACAUAAAGAAGUACGCACUCUGUUCCAAAACAUAUGUUGAUUGUCAAA